CUCCCACCUCGUUCCCUGUCCGUCAGUGAAUCUCCAACACCGGCACAUCCGUCGUCCUGAUAACACCCCUAAAGGACCUCCGCAGCCUGGAGGCCGGGCUCCCCGUGCCCAUCAAGGGCUGGGGUGGAGGGAGGUGUGCUGCCUUCACCUUGAAGCGUUCCGUCCUCCAAGUCCAGAGUGGCAGGCGAGGGAAAGGAGGCCAGGGCCGGGGAAGAGGCAAAGUUUCCCUUGCCGGCGCGGAGAGAGGCAAGGCGAGGGGCGCGGCUGCGGGAGGCCGGUCGCCGGGCGGCGUGGCGCGCUGGCGUGGGCGUGCUCCUCCGUGCACCCUGGCGGCGCGGGCGCGGGCGCGGGCGCGGCCGGCGAGCCUGCAGAGGGAGCUGUGCGCCCGCUCAGGCGCCCGCGCGGUGACACCUCUCCCUCUUGCCGCCGCUUGGGCCCGCCCGCCGGGGAGGGGCUCCCGGGCUCGCCGACAGCGUCUUCCUGCUUGGCGUACAGCCCCGCCGCCGAGUCCGCCCGUGCGCGCCGGCCGCCAGCUGCCCGCCUGCCCGCUCUCUCUCUCGCCCGCCGCCCUCCGCCGCAGUCCGCGCCCAGCCUCGCCCGCAGCGCCCGCAGCCCGCGCCCGGCCCCGGCCAUGCUGUCCUUCCAGUACCCCGACGUGUACCGGGACGAGACCUCCGUACAGGAUUAUCAUGGACAUAAAAUUUGUGAUCCUUAUGCUUGGCUUGAAGACCCAGACAGCGAGCAGACAAAGGCUUUCGUGGAGGCACAGAACAAGAUCACGGUGCCGUUUCUUGAGCAGUGUCCAAUCCGAGGAUUAUACAAGGAGAGAAUGACUGAACUGUAUGACUACCCCAAGUACAGCUGCCACUUCAAGAAAGGAAAGCGGUAUUUUUAUUUUUACAAUACAGGUUUGCAGAACCAGCGUGUGCUGUAUGUGCAGGACUCCUUAGAGGGGGAAGCCAGGGUCUUCCUCGACCCCAACACUCUGUCGGAUGACGGCACAGUAGCACUCCGAGGUUAUGCCUUCAGUGAAGACGGUGAAUACUUUGCCUAUGGUCUGAGUGCCAGUGGCUCAGACUGGGUGACGAUCAAGUUCAUGAAAGUCGAUGGCGCCAAAGAGCUUCCUGAUGUGCUGGAGAGAGUCAAGUUCACCUGUAUGGCCUGGACCCAUGACGGCAAGGGGAUGUUCUACAACUCAUACCCGCAGCAGGAUGGGAAGAGUGACGGGACAGAGACAUCCACCAAUCUCCACCAGAAGCUCUGCUACCACGUCUUGGGGACCGAUCAGUCAGAAGAUGUUUUGUGUGCUGAGUUCCCCGAUGAGCCCAAAUGGAUGGGGGGAGCCGAGCUCUCGGAUGAUGGUCGCUACGUCUUGUUAUCCAUCUGGGAGGGAUGUGAUCCGGUAAACCGACUGUGGUACUGUGACCUCCAGCAGGAACCCAACGGUAUCACUGGAAUCCUGAAGUGGGUAAAGCUGAUAGACAAUUUUGAAGGAGAAUAUGACUACGUAACCAAUGAGGGGACGGUAUUCACGUUCAAGACAAACCGCAAUUCUCCUAAUUACCGUCUGAUCAACAUCGACUUCAUGGACCCUGACGAGUCUAAGUGGAAAGUGCUUGUUCCCGAGCACGAGAAAGAUGUCUUAGAGUGGGUGGCUUGUGUCAGGUCCAACUUCCUGGUCUUGUGCUACCUCCACGACGUGAAGAACAUUCUGCAGCUUCACGACCUGACCACAGGUGCUCUCCUCAAGACCUUCCCGCUGGACGUGGGCAGCGUGGUGGGGUACAGCGGGCGCAAAAAGGACUCGGAGAUCUUCUACCAGUUCACGUCCUUUCUGUCUCCAGGUGUCAUUUACCACUGUGAUCUUACCAAAGAGGAACUGGAACCCAUGGUUUUCCGCGAGGUGACGGUGAAGGGAAUCGAUGCUUCUGAUUACCAGACAAUCCAGGUUUUCUACCCUAGCAAGGACGGCACCAAGAUCCCAAUGUUUAUUGUGCAUAAAAAGGGCAUCAAGUUGGAUGGGUCACAUCCUGCUUUCUUAUAUGGCUAUGGAGGCUUCAACAUCUCCAUAACACCCAACUACAGCGUGUCCAGGCUCAUUUUUGUGAGACACAUGGGCGGCGUCCUCGCAGUGGCUAACAUCAGAGGCGGUGGCGAAUAUGGAGAGACGUGGCAUAAAGGUGGUAUCCUGGCCAACAAACAAAACUGUUUCGAUGACUUUCAGUGUGCUGCCGAGUAUCUCGUUAAAGAAGGCUACACGUCCCCCAAGAGGCUUACCAUCAACGGAGGCUCCAAUGGCGGCCUCUUAGUGGCUGUUUGUGCAAAUCAACGUCCAGACCUCUUCGGCUGUGUUAUUGCCCAGGUUGGAGUGAUGGACAUGUUGAAGUUCCACAAGUUUACCAUUGGUCAUGCCUGGACCACUGAUUAUGGGUGCUCAGACAGCAAGCAACACUUCGAAUGGCUUCUCAAAUACUCACCACUGCAUAACGUGAAGCUUCCGGAGGCGGACGACAUCCAGUACCCUUCCAUGCUUCUCCUCACGGCUGACCACGACGACCGGGUGGUCCCGCUGCACUCCCUGAAGUUCAUCGCCACGCUUCAAUACAUUGUGGGCCGCAGCCGGAAGCAGAGCAACCCCUUGCUGAUCCACGUGGACACCAAGGCUGGCCACGGGGCCGGGAAACCCACCGCCAAAGUGAUAGAAGAAGUUUCCGACAUGUUUGCGUUCAUUGCGCGGUGCCUGAACAUCGAGUGGAUUCAGUAAAUGGGAUUUCCGGCUCCUCCCAACAGCCGCAGGAAACCUCAAGGGCUUUCUCACCAUCCUGACCAAGAAACCACUGGGCAGAACGCUGCCCGUGUGAGCACUGUGCCUCCGCUCACAGACAGCAACUGAGCAGAACUGCCGUGGGGAUUUUAUCUUUUCUAGGCUUCUCCUUUAUAGCAAGCCCUUGAUGUUUCGUUCCUUUAGUUCUUUUCCCACUUUAUCAAGGCACAUAUUUUAAAAGGGGGGAGAAGGGGGCAUGUUUGGAUAAGAAACUAAAUGGCGAUGCACAUGAUGUGAAUAUUAUUAGACCCCUGGACUGAUAAGGGUCGUAGUUGGGCAUACUCAUAUAUAAUAAUGAAGUUGCUUCUCUAACCAUAGCAUAUAUCCUUAAAUAAAUGGGAGACCUCGAGGGAGACUCCACUGCAAUACUAAUAAAUGCUAUUUAAGAGUG